CCUGUACUUUCUUGUUCACGAAACCUACUUACCUACUAGCAGCACUUAAGUAUCAAAAAAGGCUAUGACUUGUAUGGAGAGAUAGAAAAAGAGAUGUGGAAGAGCAUAGGAGAAUUGAAUAGUGAGGAUUAUGUGAAAGCUGGAUUGAGUUUGGAAAAGGCUAAGGGGUUUCAGAAAGUGGUAACAGAUGUGAUUUCAAGGACUAAAGGUGUUGAUCCAAGAGAUCAAUGGAAGGCUUUGGUGGAUGAGUGUGUACUUAAGCCAUGGCAUCCUCAUCCUCUUCAUCAGCUUCUCUAUUACUCUAUCUAUUCAAACUGGGAUGCAUCUAUCCACGGCCCUCCUCUCUACUGGUUCCCUUCUCUAUCUCUGUCAAAAUACACAAACUUAGGAAGGCUAAUGGAAACUCACGGGCCAAGGCUUCUUGGUGCUUCAUAUAAAAACCCUCUAGAGAGUUUUGAGCUUUUCAGGAGAUUCUCAGUUGAACAUCCUGAAGUUUAUUGGUCUAUUGUUAUCGAUGAGCUUUCACUUAAGUUUCACACCCCUCCGAGGUGCAUCCUUGACAAAUCAAAACCUGGAGGGACAUGGCUUCCUGAUGCAGUACUUAAUACUGCUGAAUGUUGCCUGAUACCUUCAAGCCGUUCUCAGAGGGAGGAUGAUAGUUUGGCUGUUGUAUGGCGAGAGGAAGGCUUUGAUGAUUCUCCAGUCAAUCGAAUGACAUUCAAAGAACUCCGCCAGCGAGUAAUGUUGGUGGCAAAUGCGAUAAGUGGAAGUUUUGCAACGGGUGACACGAUUGCCAUCGAUAUGACAAUGACAGUGGAUGCAGUGAUUAUAUAUCUGGCAAUCAUAUUAGCUGGUUGUAUUGUUGUCUCCAUCGCAGACAGCUUUGCAGCUAAAGAAAUUGCCACAAGGUUGAAAAUCUCCAAUGCAAAAGGCAUUUUCACUCAGGAUUAUAUACUCAGAGGAGGUCGGAGAUUUCCUUUAUACAGUCGGGUGGUUGAAGCUGCUCCAUCAAAGAUCAUUGUCCUCCCAGCUUCAGGGACUGAACUGCGUGUUCAGUUAAGAGAUCAGGACAUACCAUGGAAGGAUUUUCUGUCCAAAGCUAGUGUAGAGAACAACUAUGGCCCCAUCUAUCUACCUGUAAACUCUGUGAUUAAUAUUCUCUUCUCAUCUGGAACUACAGGUGAACCGAAGGCUAUACCAUGGACACAACUCUCGCCAAUUCGUAGUGCUUGUGAUGGAUGGGCUCAUUUUGAUGUCAAAGUGGGUAACACAUACUGUUGGCCUACGAAUCUCGGAUGGGUGAUGGGACCAACUCUUAUAUUUUCUUGCUUUCUAACCGGUACAACGCUUGCACUCUAUCACGGGUCUCCCCUCGGCCACGGUUUUGGAAAGUUUGUUCAGGAUGCUGGAGUCACGAUUCUUGGUACUGUUCCAAGCUUGGUGAAAACUUGGAAGAGGACAAACUGUAUGGAAGGGCUUAAUUGGACAAAGAUAAAAUAUUUUGCCACAACAGGAGAAGCUUCAAAUGUUGAUGAUGUUCUCUGGCUUUCUUCUAAAGCUUAUUAUAAACCUGUGAUCGAAGUUUGUGGAGGCACUGAACUCGCUUCUUCGUACAUCAUUGGAAGCCCGCUUCAACCUCAGGCUUUUGGAGCGUUUAGCACACCAACCAUGGCUACUAGAAUCAUCAUCUUUGAUGAAAACGGUGUCCCAUAUCCGGAUGAUCAACCGUGUACUGGAGAAGUUGGUUUGUUCCCGCAGCACUUUGGAGCCACGGAUAGACUUCUGAACGCAGACCAUGAGGAAGUUUACUUCAAGGGAAUGCCAAUGUAUAAAGAAACACGACUUAGAAGACAUGGUGACAUCUUGAAGAGAACCGUAGGAGGAUAUUUCACUGUUCAAGGCAGAUCUGAUGAUACCAUGAACCUUGGAGGAAUUAAGACAAGUUCUAUUGAGAUAGAACGAGUGUGUGAUCAAGCCGAUGAAUGCAUCUCUGAGACGGCUGCAGUCAGCAUAACUCCGGCUAACGGUGGUCCAGAGUUACUGGCCUUAUUCGCAGUCUUGAAAGAAGGGUUCAAGAAACUUAGUGAAGAAGAGCUCAAGAGAAAAUUCUCAAGAGCCAUUCAAAAGGAUCUUAAUCCUCUCUUCAAGGUGAGUUUCGUGAAGAUUGUGGCUGAGUUUCCAAGAACGGCUUCGAACAAGUUACUAAGAAGAGUCUUGAGAGAUAAAAUGAAUCAAGAAAUACAAUCUGUACGGAGUCGAAUAUAGAGCUAUGGAGAACAUAUACUAUUGGGAAACGUUAGUGUUUAUUGAAUAAGAAGUUAUAAUAAAUAAGAUAAAGUCCUCCCAGAGCUUUGUCUUGAGAUACAAGAAAGAAAUGAUUCCAUUUAGUCAUCAUUUUGUUUCA